CCGGACAAAACCCUUCGGAAAAAAACUCUACCACCACAAAAACCGUCGCUAUGACUGCGGAUCACAACGGCCGCACUUGUUGGAAAGGCCAAGGCGAAGACAAGAACGCGAGGAACUACGUUCCCCCGGACGAUGGUCUCCCUACGCCCCCUACUCCUGCCAUUGGUACACAGACCGCAACAGUUACGCGCCUUUCGCCGCAUGGAAAACACGACUUCUCCCAAGUGCUAGAAACUGCUACAGCUACUCCGGCAAAUUCAUCAACUUGCGCCGGUGCAAUGUAUUNUACUGCAGACUGGCCCUGCUAAGGGCCUUGGUUAGGAGGUCCGCGUGUUGCUCCGUUGUCGGAACAAACUUGACCGAAAUAUCCCCCGACCUAAACAAUCCGCGGAUGAAAUGGAACCUCACGUCGAUGUGUU